AUGAUCAGAAGGAUACCCGAAGAGGCCCAUGGUUUAUUCGACUAUACCUCGGGGAGAUGGAUCUACAAUGAUGCCCUGAGACACUCCGAGAGACGGCGCUGCUUCGACAUUUCGGAGCUUAAACGGCUCGCUGCUGCGUCUAUACACCAGCGAACGGAAGAUGUUGCCAAAUUCGAGAAACUUGCCGAAGGAGGCUUCAACCGAGCCUUCCUCGUAACCAUGCGCGAUGGCUUUCAGUUGGUUGCCCGCAUCCCUUAUCCAUCGACAGCACCAAAAGACCUCCUCGUUGCCAGUGAAGUAGCCACUAUGGAUUUUCUUCGCUCCCAUGGUAUACCCGUUCCAAAAGUCUAUGGUUACUCGACAGUGUCAACCAACCCGGCGGGCACGGAGUACAUCUUCAUGGAACUUAUCCGCGGUAGGAACCUAGGAGACAUCUGGUUUGACCUGUCAGAAAGACAGAGGAUCACCGUUGUUUCUAAAAUUGUGGAGCUGGAGUCCCGAAUCUUUGCUCUGCGGUUUCCAGCAAGUGGAAGUCUUUACCAUUGUGGUGAUCUUCAGGGUGAAACCGCCAGAACCGCCGUUCCCACCGCCGACCAUUUGUCCGGCGAGAACAAUUUUUGCAUCGGGCCCGAUACUACACUCGGAUUGUGGUUCGGCAAACGACUCGCAUUAUCGGCUGAGCGCGGUCCAUACAAGGAUUGUUUGGCUGCUCUGACGGCGGGCGCUAAGAAGGAGAUCUCAUAUCUGACCAAGUAUGGACGACCUAUCCUACCUUUCCAGCGUCUUCGGCGGGAGAUAUACGACUACAAACCCCGUUCGCACCUAGAUCAAUUGGUGAAUUUGAGACAGUACCUGCAAAUCGCACCUCAUCUCAUACCACACCAUGACCCGGCACUGGCCCGCCCAGUCAUGCGGCACCCAGAUCUCCAACCCAGCAACAUAUUCGUCACUGACAAACUUGAAAUUACCGGCUUGAUUGACUGGCAGCACUCCGCCAUACUUCCACUAUUCCUUCACUCCGCUAUUCCAAACAGCUUCCAGAACUAUGGCGACGAGAUAUCGGAAUCAAUGCAGCUGCCUAUCCUACCAGCCAACUUUGACGAGCUCGAUGAAAUGAAACAGUUUUCGGAAGUAGAACUCCUACGCAAGCGCCAGCUGCACUACUUCUAUCUUCGAGAAACCGCCAAAAUGAAUCCAGAACACUUCAAUGCUCUUAUGAACGGGCUGAAUACUUUAAGACGCAAGCUUUUCCAUCACGCCAGCGAACCCUGGGACGGCGAUAAUGUGACUCUGAAAGCUGAUCUGAUCUCAUUAACAGAGAAAUGGCAACAGCUUACUAGCAGCUCUGGCUCGGAAGCACCCUGUCCAAUCACCUUUUCGGAGCACGAGGCUGCUGCGUGUAUCCAGCUGGACAAAGCCCAGGUAGAAGCCGAUGAACAGUUACAGGCUUGUAGGGAAGCUAUUGGAGUAGGCACCGAAGGCUGGGUCCCCCUUGAGUUUUAUGAAGAAGUGAAACAGCGUGAGGUAAAGCUCAAGGCCGAUGCUCUGGAUGCCGCUGAAACCGAAGAGGAGAGGGCGAUGACAAGAGAGCACUGGAUAUUUGACGACUUUUGCGAAGAAGACUAUCUUUAA